GCCGAAGAGAAACGGAGUAAUUCAGCGUUCAAGUGCGUGUUGUGGAGAAGCCGAUGUUCUUGUUCUAAAAUUAAAUAUUAAACGAUGACUGGUGACUAUUUUCGUGGGGACAUUAAUUGGAAUCUGUGAUUUUUUGAUCGCGGAGAAGGUAAGGAGUAAGUAUUAUGCAAUCCUUAGAUGGUCCUGAAGACCUCAUAUUAGAUACUAAUUAACAAAAUUAUUAAAAUCUCCUGAGAAUUUAGAAAAAAAAAGAAAUAUUUAAGUGAAAGCCAAAAUUAUCCGGUGAUAUUGGGUUCUCUUUGAAAAUUGGCGGGAGAUUUGCUUCCGGACCUAGCAGCGCCAUCUUUUAUAAAUCCCAAGCUUGGAGGAAUGAGGUAAAGAAGUCAGCUGUUUCCGAAAGAAAGGCAUCCAAGUGGGUGGAAUUCGUCGACCAGAAUGUCCCUCUACAAGACGAGAGUGAAGGAAUUUGAGACUCUAUUGGCAAAUGAAGUGAUUGACCAUACGAGUCUGAAGAGACUUUGCUUCAAUGGCAUUCCGGAUGGUGGAGGUUUUAGAGCAAUUUGCUGGCGUCUUCUUCUUGGAUAUUUGGGAUCUGAGAAGAAUACAUGGACCCAGACACUGCAAAAGAAGCGACAGCUUUAUCAACAAUUUAUUGAUGAGAUGGUCAUAUCACCAGGAACUUCUGGUGACUCCUCAUGCUCUGACCAUCCACUGAGUGAUGGCCCAGAGAGUGCUUGGAGUACAUAUUUUAAAGACAAUGAAGUACUCCUGCAAAUUGACAAGGAUGUUAGGAGACUCUGCCCGGACAUAUCAUUCUUCCAGCAAGCCACAGAGUUUCCCUGUCAAGUUGUUGUGAACAGCAAUGGGGAGAGAAGACUUCACUCACGUGUAGCCCCAUCCAAACUCUCUUCAGCGAAUGUUGAAGGAAAAUUUGGUAUGACAAAGAUAAACCUGAUAACAAAACGUGCUCAGGAGAAUUAUGAAGCAAUGGAAGAAGGCUUGGAGGCCCAUUGGGAAGUGGUCCAGAGAAUUCUGUUUAUCUUUGCAAAACUCAAUCCAGGAAUAGGGUAUGUGCAGGGUAUGAACGAGAUUAUCGGACCAAUUUACUAUGUCUUGGCUUCUGAUCCCAAUAUUGUGUUCAGAGAAUUUGCCGAAGCAGACUGUUUCUUCUGCUUUACGGCCCUCAUGGGUGAGAUACGGGAUUUUUUCAUUAAGACUCUAGAUGAAUCUGAAGGAGGAAUUAAGGCCAUGAUGAACAAAAUGACAAAAUUGCUUGAGGUGAAGGAUAUUGAAGUGUGGCAGAGAUUGAAAGAUCAGGAACUCUAUCCCCAAUACUAUGGUUUCCGAUGGCUCACUUUGCUUCUAUCCCAAGAGUUUCCCCUUCCGGAUGUCGUCAGGAUUUGGGAUUCUGUUCUGUCUGAUGAGAAUCGGUUCGAAUUUCUCGUUCAUAUCUGCUGUGCUAUGAUUAUGUUACUCAGAGAACAAAUAUUGGAACAAGACUUUGCCAGCAAUGUGAAACUUCUCCAAAAUUUUCCACCAAUGGAUAUUAAUAUAGUUCUAUUGAAGGCAACAACACUCAAAUAGCUUCAUGAAGCUUCAAAUCGAACACACAGGAAGUUUAUGGGAUCUCUUCUAAGAAAUCUCUUUGAAAAACAAAGCGAAUUAAUAUUUUUUUUACACUAAAAAUGCAUUUUUGUAUAAAAACCUUUACAACCCGCCUUGAAAGGUGUGAAUUAGAAAUAUAAAACUUCUCAAAUCAUGA